AUGUCCGCUAAAGAGCACAAAGUGUCCACCACGGAACGGCCCGUCAAAGGGGUGCCGUACCCCCCGGGGGCUCGACUGGGUGUGUCGGAGGUGUAUGACGCAGACGGGCGUCCCCGCGUGGACGUGCUGAAGGCACACCUGCUGAAGGAGGGCCGUCUGCAAGAAGAGGCAGCCUUGCGCAUCAUCAAUGAGGGCGCCGCCAUCUUGCGCGAGGAGAAGUGCAUGCUGGAUGUGGAUGCGCCCGUCACAGUGUGCGGUGAUGUGCACGGUCAGUUCUUUGACCUGAUGAAGCUGUUCGAGGUGGGGGGCUCCCCCGCCAGCACCCGCUACCUGUUCUUGGGUGACUACGUGGACAGGGGCUACUUCAGCAUCGAGUGCGUCCUCUACCUGUGGGCUCUGAAGAUAAACCGUCCGGAUGGCAUCUUCCUGCUCAGGGGGAACCACGAGUGUCGCCACCUGACUGAGUACUUCACCUUUAAACACGAGUGCAAGAUCAAGUACUCCGACGCGGUGUACGAGGCGUGCAUGUCAGCGUUCGACUGCCUCCCUCUGGCGGCGCUGCUCAACCGACAGUUUUUGUGCGUCCACGGCGGCCUGAGUCCCGAGAUCAGCAGCCUGGACGACAUCCGCAAGUUGGAGCGCUUCAAGGAGCCCCCGGCUUUUGGGCCCAUGUGCGACUUGCUGUGGUCGGACCCCGGCGAGGACUAUGGCUCUGAGAAGACCCAAGACCACUUUGGCCACAACGGUGUGAGGGGCUGCUCCUACUUUUACAGUUACGCCGCCGUCUGUGACUUCUUGAUGAACAACAAUCUGCUGUCCAUCAUCCGGGCGCACGAGGCUCAGGACGCGGGGUACCGCAUGUACAGGAAGAGCCAGGCCACCGGCUUCCCGUCGCUCAUCACCAUCUUCUCCGCUCCAAACUACUUGGAUGUCUACAACAACAAAGCGGCAGUGUUAAAGUACGAAAACAACGUGAUGAACAUCCGUCAGUUCAACUGUUCCCCGCAUCCGUACUGGCUGCCCAACUUUAUGGACGUCUUCACGUGGUCGCUCCCCUUCGUGGGAGAGAAAGUUACAGAGAUGCUGGUCAACGUGUUGAACAUCUGCUCUGACGACGAGCUCAUGACGGACGCCGACGACGUGGGAGAAGGCGGUGUCCCCGCUGUGCGCAAGGAAGUGAUUCGGAACAAGAUCCGCGCCAUCGGGAAGAUGGCCAGAGUGUUCUCCGUGCUCAGAGAGGAGAACGAGAGCGUGCUGCAGCUCAAAGGGUUGACACCUUCCGGGACUCUGCCACUCGGAGCGCUGUCGGGAGGACGCCGUACGCUGAUAAGCGCAACGGAGGAGGCGGAGGAAGCUCGAGGUGGCGGCGACUUCAAGCCGCCGCGCAGGAUCCAAAGUUUCGAGGAGGCACGAGGCCUGGACCGCAUCAACGAGAGGAUGCCGCCCAGACGGGAUGGCCCCGCCCACGCCUAG